AUGGACGCCGACAACACGGAGAGGCUGCUGGUGAAGCUCGCUCAGGACGGACACACGAGCUCCCUGGAGGAGCUCAUCGGGCCGGGCGGCUCGGCGGCGGCUCGGAGCGUGAGCCGGGGACACUUGGGCCGCUCCGGGGACACUUUGCUGCACUACGCGGCCCGACACGGACACCUGGACACGGUGAAGUACCUGGUGGAGGGCGUGGGGAUGGACGUGGAGCUGAGCAACAACGACUACAAGCGGCCGCUGCACGAAGCUGCGUCCAUGGGUCACCGGGCGUGUGUGGGCUACCUGCUCCGGGAGGGCGCUGCGGUGGAUAGCCUGAAGAGGGCGGAUUGGACUCCUCUGAUGAUGGCCUGCACUCGGAGGAACCUAGACGUGAUCCAGGAGCUGCUGCGUCACGGCGCCGACCCUGCACUGAGGAACAAAGACGGCUGGAACUCGUUCCACAUCGCCUGCAGGGAGGGGGACCCUCUGGUCGUGCAGCACCUGCUCCUUAUUGCGCAAGAAGUCUGGAGGACGGAGAGCAAGACACGGAGGACACCGCUGCACACUGCAGCGAUGCACGGCUGUGAGGAGGUGGUCAGGAUCCUGCUAGAGAGAUGUGGCUACACCCCAGACAGCGCAGACAGCUGUGGAGUCACUCCUUUGAUGGAUGCUGUCAGGAACGGACACGUCUCUGUGGCCAGGCUGCUUUUAGAACACCACCAGGCGUCUCCAACGGCAGCUGACAGAGUCGGGGCUCAGCUGGUGCACCAGGUAGCUGUCACUGGCCAGGAGGAGGCGCUGCGGUUCCUGGUGAAGGACCUCGGGGUAGACGUCAACCAGAGAGCGACAGGCAUUCAGCUCAGUGCCCUGCAUUACGCUGCAAAGGAGGGCCACACGUCCACUAUUAAAACACUGCUGGAGUUGGGAGCAGAUCUUCAUGCUCGGGACACAAAGGGAAGAACUGCUCUUCACAUGGCUUGCAUCGGGCAGCACGCAGGAGCAGCGCGGUUGCUUCAGCAGCUCGGACUCAAAGAUUCCGAGGAUGCAUCCGGCACAAGAGCGCAGCAGUUCGCCAGGAAACCAGACUUAAUGGCCGCGUUUGAAUCUGGCUCAGCAGACACAUCAUAAACGAUACCACGAUGAAACCGAAACACCGAUCUGCCAAAGACUCCAUUGAUAUUAGUGAAGAAAAGAACCUGUGGUCAAUCAAAUACUGUUGUACGGAUGACAUUAAAUCUUUUCUUGUGA